AAACAACCCAAAUAAAGAAAAAUGAAAAUCUUGAUUCUACUUACACUCCUUACAAUCUCAGAGCUUUGUGUUGUGGAUGCGUGCCGAUCAUACUGUGGAAACAUAACCGUGGAUUAUCCGUUUGGAAUCCGAAAUGGAUGUGGGCAUCCAGGGUAUAGAGAUCUCUUGUUUUGUAUGAACGAUGUGUUGAUGUUUCACAUAAGUUCAGGUUCUUAUAGAGUGUUGGAUAUUGACUACGCGUAUCAGUCCAUAACGCUGCAUGAUCCUCACAUGUCGACCUGCGAAACCAUUGUGCUUGGUGGCAAAGGGAAUGGCUUUGAAGCUGAGGAUUGGAGAGCUCCUUAUUUCAAUCCUACCUCUGAUAAUGUCUUCAUGUUGAUCGGAUGUUCUCCUAAAUCUCCUAUAUUUCAAGGCUUUCCUGAUAAAAAAUUGCCAUGCCGCAAUAUUUCUGGAAUGAGCUGCGAAGAGUACAUGUCGUGUCCAGCAUGGGAUAUGGUCGGAUACAGACAACCGGGUCCAUCAUCCGGUUCGGGUCCACCCAUGUGCUGUGCGGUCAGAUUCGAAUCCGUAAAAGCGAUUAAUCUAAGUAGGCUGGAGUGUGAAGGAUACAGUAGUGCAUACAAUCUUGCACCGUUGAAGCUUGAAGGACCUUCUGAUUGGGCUUAUGGUAUACGAGUCAAGUACGAGCUACAAGGAAGUGAUGCAUUUUGUCGCGCGUGUGUUGCAACUUCAGGGACUUGUGGCUACGAAUCUGCCGGUGGUGGAGGGCUUAGGCAUGUUUGCAUCUGUGACCACCACAAUUCUACCACAAACUGUGACUCAGUUAUAACACCAACCGGUGCAUCUUCAAGUGUUCGACCCAAAAUUAUUGGAUCACUGAUCUUCUUCUUCAUAACUAUGAACAUAAAUCUUCAAAGAAGACAAUGAGUUACUCAUUAAUAA